UUUUCUUCAAAAUGGCUGCCCUCCUGAAGAAGCGAGCAGUUGCUGAGUUUAGCCAUGUUAUUCAGGAGGAGCCUAAGCCUGUCAAGAGACUGAAGCUCAUCCAGCGACCACCACCCCAGGAAAUCAGUCUUGAUUUAGAGGGUGCCACAAGCACUUAUGAAACACUGCAGAGAUUAUUGGCAUUUGAGGGAAACUUCCCACUGCAUGGAGAGGAUGUGUCUGGUGUGGUCCGUGAACUGCUCGACCAUUACCCCCGAGAAAAGGAGGCAGUACUGAGGUGGAAGGUUGCAUCACUUCUGGCUCGUCUUGUACAACUUCCAGGGUACAAUGCAGAGGCCCUAGCAGAUGACAUCAUCAGACUUCUAAAAACAGAAAAGUCCAACAAGGCCAUCAGUCAGCUUGUGGAGGUUUUGAGGAAGAUUGGAAUGUCUUCUCCCUACAACACUUCUCUGCAUCAUCAACUCAUCAUGACCGGUAAACAGUAUCUAAGGAACACUGGCCACAUAGCCAGAUGUAGUUGCUUGGAUUUGAUUGGAGAUUUGGGAUCACCUGACCAGACAAUUGAAGAUAGUAGCCAAUCAGGCAGUGGCAGUAUGACCAUACAGAAGUUACUUAUGGGUUUUACACAGGAUCAUGAUCCUCGAGUGAGGGCACGGGCAUUUCAGGCAAUGCUCCAGUUUCACCAGAGAGGCCUGCCUCUGGGGGAAGGGAUAUACCAACAUGCCUGCUCUGCCCUCACAGAUGAUUACCGAGGGGUCAGACUGGCCGCCAUGAAACUUCUUUGGGUUCUCAGUCAUCUAUAUCCUGAGAGUCUGAUUCCUGUCCCUGACUCAGAUGAGAAACUUCGAUUAGUUGACGAUGGCUUCACAAAGAUCUGUAACAUGAUCAAUGAUAUCUCUAUGAUUGUACGGGUUGAGGCAGCAACAUUACUGGGUUCCCUUCAUCAAGUCAGUCCAAAGUUCCUGGAACAGACCCUGGACAAGAAGUUGAUGUCUAACAUGAGGAAGAAAGAAAGUGCUCACGAGAGAGCAAAGGAACAUUUCUCCUCCGGUCAGUGGGCCACAGGACAGAAGUGGGCAGACGAUGCCCCCAAGGAGGAGGUGGACCCUGACGCAGUAUCCCUGAUGAAUAUUGGAGCUUGUGGAGCCUUUGUUCAUGGUCUAGAAGAUGAAUUUCUAGAGGUGAGGAAUGCCUCCUUGGAUUCCCUGUGUGAGCUGGCUGCUCAGUCACCGAGCUUUGCUGCACUUUCUCAGGACAGCAUCAUAGAUAUGUUCAACGAUGAAAUCAAGAGCGUACGCCUCAAUGCGAUCAACAGUCUCCGCAAACUCAGUCAUAUCCUAACUCUGAGGGAAGACCAGCUGGAGAUUAUACUCGGGGUCCUACAGGAUUUUUCAGGCAGUACAAGAGAAGCCCUGCGGAACAUGCUUUGUGAGAUGAAGCUUGCUACAAAAGAGUGUCUGAACACAAGUGUGAUAAAUCUGUUAGAUAACCUGAGGCGUUAUCCACAGGACAAAUUGUCAGUGUGGCGCUGUAUGCAGCAUCUCGGUAAACACCAUGCCCACUUAAUUCUCCCACUAGUUCCGGAGCUGCUAUGUCUUCACCCCUACUUCGACACACCUGAACCAGACAUGGAAGAUCCUGCCUACAUCAGUAUCCUAUUAUUGGUGUUUAAUUCGGCUGUGAACACGCCCACUAUGAUGCCAAUGUUCCAGGGUCAUGUGUGGCGCCACUAUUACUAUCUCAAGGAGAGUAUUCCUGACAUGUUACCCGUCUUACAGGUGCCCGGCAAGAUUUAUGGGGAAACUGUCCAAACUAAUCGGGUCAAGUCUGACAGUGGGCAGUUUGUUCAACAGUCACUUCGACAGCUGGAAAAUAUUGGGACUAUGGACCUCACGGCAGCUCAUGGACUGCUGGAAAUGUUGGUCAGAGACCUACAACAUAUCACUAAGCUAGAUGACAACUCAGCUGCCUCAUCUGAAUGUAUGUCCCUGUUCCUUAAGUGUCAGCUUCUCCUGAUCAAGCUGAUGAAGCAACAGCAGACCCUUCCAGGGAAUAGUAGUGUGGCUACUGACACUAUCAUGUCCACCACAGACAAGAUCCUGAGUAUGACCCAGCGACUACAACACGUAUAUCUGGGGCUAGGCAGUGUGGAACUCUCACUCGUCAGGCAGACAGAGUUAAAAGCCCGUACCCUACAGACACUGUCACGCCUCGGCGACUUUCAGGAACUCACCACCAUUCGGGGUCGCUUCAACUGUCAACUUAAAUCCUUACAUAGAUACAUGACUACACACCAGAUCACCCCUGAUCCUUUUAGCACCUAUUUAUUCUCCAUCCUCGAUAGUCUCGACUCGUGUAGCGACACAGAGUUCCGUAAACACCUCCAGUUCUCGCUCAAAUCAGUCAAAGCCUGUGCCUUUCCUAUGGUCAACAAGAUCCGCAAGGCCAGUGUGGUGCUCCAUGAACCGACAGGGACAUCAGACAACCCUAUAAAAUUUGCAGCGGGUCUCACUACCGCAGUGGGUGUGGAUGCCACUUUAGAAAACAUACAGUCACCUUGUCAUGUAAAAGUACAGAUAAAAUAUGCCGAUCAACAAAAACAGAUGAUCACUCUCAGUCCGGAUGCCUUCCAGAGACUAGGCCAGUUACGACAUCGUCUACAGUCUCAGGUUUUGCUGUCUCACGCUCCUUGGUCAGAUUCCACGCACGUUGAGAUCAGUGUUGUUCUGGAUGCUCCAUCAUUUUCUGGUGAUCAUGGCAAGAAGGAAUCGGUCAUUGAGCUGUGUAACCCAGUUAAAGUUUUGGUAUCACCAAAAGCAUUCAAGAGGUGACGAUAGACAACUAUCUCUUAAGUCAAUGGAAAUUACAUUUAGUCAGGAAGUGUGACUGGAAAUUAAACUUGGCAAUGAUUUGAUGUGAUAAAGUAGUGUUUUAUUCAGCAAUGCCAGUGACGAAGACCACACUACUGAACCGAAGAUUUACUGUGAACUUUGUUCAAAAUUAAUGGUGCACAUGCAGUUUGUAUACUCCAGUAUGAAUAAUGUAAUGUUAAACACUAAAAUUGUUGUAUUUUCCACAGCUGAUGGUUUACAUGAAGUGUAACUAUGAGACCCAGAAUCUCAUAUUUAAUAUCAUACUGCGACAGUGUUGUAUUUUCAUUAGCUUAUGGUGGACAUUCAGUUUAACUGUGAAAUAAAACCCCAGAAUCUAUACUUCAGUGGAAUUGAGGUCAACAACACAAAAGACAAAUGAUUGACAGUUGACUGUCAUAUGCAGUGUGUACAAUGAUUAGUUUUGAAUAGCUUCACCUGAAGCUUGUAACAGUAUACAUCUGUUUCACCUUGAAGUAAAGGAACCUAAGUGGCACAUAUACUGGAGUGAUCAAGGACAAAAACUUGACAGUUGACUGUUAUAAGCAAUGGCUUUGGUUUUACCUUGUAUUGUAAGUAAAUGUUUGCUGUCACAGUAAAGUCUGGAGCUUGCAUGGCGUGCUCCAUGGCCAAGGACAAAUACUGAACACAUGGCUGUUUAGAGACAAUGGUAGCUUUGGUUUUACCUUGUAUCAAAAGUAUAAAUUGAUAUUAUUUACUGUGAAGUAAAAUAAAGAUCAUACAUACAAAAACAUACCCAUGUGGUCAAAGAAAAAGCCUGACCAGUCAAUUUGUUAUUGAUAACAUGUUUGCAGGAUGUGUCAAUUUAUUUGUAACAGAUAUAUUUGGGGACAUGAAGACUUCUGUGAGAAAGUUUACAGCAGUCCUGUGCGAUAAGAAAUAAUACAAGUGCUAUUGUUGUCAUGUAUGUGUAUGGAUGAAAAGGAGGACAUUAAAUACUGGCCAAUAAUUAUAGUUCAAAUGGUAUGUUCUUAUUGAUGAAAAUACUGGAUUGUAAAAAUUAAAAAAAAAAAAAAAUGUCAGAAAAUAAACUAAUCACUCAUA